UGGUGGGAUGAGGCAGCUGUUGAUGAAAACUUCAACCCCCGAGGCUACAGAGCUGCCGGCUGGCCCUUCGUGAACGGCCGCUGCCCCCCGCGGUCCGAACUCAGUGGCCAGACCCCUUGCGACUUCGAGUGCACGGAAGACUACCACUGCCCAGACAUGAAGCUGUGUUGCUCCAACGACUGUGGCCGAGUGUGCGUUAUUCCCGACAUUAGUGGUCCCACUCGUUGCGGUUGCUCUGCCACUUUCUUCUCAGACCUUACCGAGUAUUACUCCUCGCCCCCGGACAUCGCCAGGGUCUCUCACUUUGUGUGGAAUGUCCUCCAGGGAAGUCUGUCUCCGUCACUGGAACCCCACCUCUUUUUCGGUUCCCUGAGUAAUCGGGACUGGCUCGGGGGAGACGUGCAGGACAACUGUCUGUUGGAAUUAAAUGUGCAAAGUCAGCGGUUCAGUUACCCUACGUACGACCCAUUUUCGAUGAACAAUAGAAUAAUGUUCGCCAUCAUCACAGACGCUAAUUCUACCUUCAUGCAAAGUUAUGUGGAUUACUUCCCCGACAUCUUCGAUCCGUUGGUUGCCAUCAAGGUCGGCGACGUGGACCUCCAGGGGAGGCUGGGCGCCGAAGCCGACUACCUCAUCGAAGUGAACAGCCUGGAUGAUCUGACCUCGGCUGUCGAGGAGGCCCGGGACUACGUCGGUGAAUUCUGCAACUGUGAUGGCAUAUCGGAGACUUCCUGUCUAGAGGCCGAAGACUCUUGUGCAGGGGAAUGUGAUCGAUUUGCUUUUAUCUGCGACGAAGGAAUCUGCCAACGUCACGUGCCUGAGUCAGUUCCAACGACUUAUAAAAGUUACUUUGGCAAUUAUGAUGAUGACGAAUAUUAUUAUUAUAACUAUUAUGAUUAUGAUGACUACUAUGAGUAUUACGAUUACGAUUACGUGAGAGCGGGAGAACCACAUAAGAACCCAGGGCCAAGGACAAAGCUCCCGCGACAAAAGAACGGUUCUCUGCCCCAGGAAGGUGGCAUGAUAUUCCCCGCAAUAAUGGAGAAGAGAAGCCCCCCAAAAGGGCAGCAGGACGAAGGCACCAAUAAGAAAACUUUUGUUGCGUCAACGCCGUGUACUAAACGUCUGUAUCCGCUGUGUGAUGGAUAUUUAUCCUCGAAAGAUAAGAAGGACUGUGAGGAGCACAAGGCGAGGAAGAACUGUACCGCACCAGAAGCUGGAAGCAGUAACAAAAAGUUGGCAGUCCUUGACGAAGGGCCAAAAAGGUAUCUUUACCGUACAUUAGACUAUACAGGGCACUGCGCUGCAGGGUUGUUCAGGUGUUCUGGAAUUCCGAAUCUCUGCUUAUACGGUGAACUUCUCUGUAAUGGGGAAAGCAACUGCAUGUUUGGCGAAGAUGAGGACGAAGCAUUUUGCUCAGCACGCGAGUGUAUGGUCACAGAAUUUCGGUGUAAUUCUGGUCAGUGCAUAACGAAGCAACAGGAAUGUGACGGCAAGACAGACUGCUGGGACGGAACCGACGAGCACUGUGCAAGCGACACCGACUGUCCGGCACCUCGCACUCACUACUGCGGAGGCGCUUGCAUUAACCCAUUGUUCGUAUGCGACAACAUUCUAGAUUGCCCUAAUGGUGAAGAUGAGAUGGCCUGCAAUUGCACAGGGUUCAAAUGCAACUCAGGCGAAUGCAUUGGCGAAUAUCUAUUGUGCAAUGGCAAAGAGGAUUGUAGGGAUGGGUCAGAUGAAUCUGCUGAAAAGUGUUCAGCUUUUGUUUGCCAAGAAGGCCACUUCAAAUGCGGCAGUGGUGCAUGCAUUCCAGGCUUUCAAGUUUGUGACUGCCGUCAGGAUUGUAUUGAUGGUUCUGAUGAAAGUAGUUGCUCGACUACCCCUGUAUCCUACAAUUGGAGGUGCCACAGUGGUCAGUGUAUUUACAGUUGGUAUGUCUGCGAUGGUAUUAAUGACUGUGAGGAUGAGUCUGAUGAAAGGAAUUGUACAGAGAUUUCAGAGUGUUAUGGAUUCACAUGCAAUUCAGGUCACUGUAUAAGCAGUUAUAGUAGAUGCAAUAUGUAUAAAGACUGUGCGGAUGGGUCUGAUGAAAAUGACUGUGCAAACAAUUCAUGUCCCUCAUACAGAUUCCGAUGUAGCACAGGGCACUGUAUUUCCUCCUCCGAUGUGUGCAAUGGUCGGGAAGAAUGCCCUGACGGUAGUGAUGAAGCAGACUGUGAUAAUUCUGAAAACUGUAAUACUUACCUCUGUACGACUGGAGAAUGUGUUUCUGGUCGUCAACUUUGUGAUGGAUUUUUCAAUUGUCAAGACCGAAAGGAUGAAAGUGUCUGCCAAGAAGUUACAUGCCCAUCUGCUCGAUCUUACAAGUGUGACUCUGGCGAAUGCAUUUAUUCAUCAUCCUAUUAUAAUCCUAGGUGUGAUGGGGAAAAGGACUGUCGAGAUGGCAGCGACGAGAUGCACUGUGAAGGUGUUCCCUGUCCAGCAAAUAGACCAUUCCGAUGUGGGUCAGGCGAAUGUAUUUACGAUUCUUGGGUCUGCGAUCAUUACCGUGACUGUAUGGACGGAAGCGACGAGAGAGGCUGCGACUGUUUCUAUAACCAAAUAAGCUGCGAUUCGGGUCGCUGUAUCUCGGCUAAUUCUCAAUGCAAUGGUGUCUGGGACUGUUUGAGCGGCAAUGACGAGAAUGAAUGUGUUAACUUUAAUUGUUCAUAUCAACGUCCAUUCAAGUGUGGGUCGGAUGUUUGCCUUUCUGACUCUACCUUUUGCAAUGAAGAGGCUGAUUGCCCUGGUGAUGUGCACGAAGUGUGUCUAAGCAGAGCGUGUAAUUUGUAUGAAUACCAGUGUGCUUCCGGCGAAUGUGUUUCAGGAAAUCAGUGCGAUGGCAACAUUGAUUGUAAAGAUAGAAGUGAUGAGGCCAACUGCAAGGAUUUCGUGUGUCCUUACGAGCGACCUUUUAAGUGUGGAUCAGGGGAGUGCAUAUCGCAGUAUCAAAUUUGUAAUGGUUAUCCAGGGUGCAAAGAUGCAAGUGAUGAAACAUUUUGCAGUAAUGAAACUUGUCCCCCUGAGCGUAAAUUCUAUUGCACAUCAGGCGAAUGCAUUUAUUUAAGUUAUGUCUGCGAUGGAUAUGAAGACUGUAGAGAUGGAAGUGAUGAAGUGGCAGGCUGUAAGAUCUUCUGUCCAGACAACUUCAACAUAUGUAAUGAUAACAAAUGUUUCCCACCAAACUGGAUUUGUGACUCCGUUGAAGACUGUUACAAUGGAGAAGAUGAAAAAGACUGCGAUAACUAUGAGAGGCAAUGUGAUUUGUAUCAGGUUAAGUGUACAUAUAAUGAUUUAUGCAUACCCGCGAGUUCUGUGUGCGAUGGCUACUACGACUGCCCCGAUGGAGGAGAUGAGCUCAACUGUAUCACUUCUACCACAUUUGUCACCAACUAAGUCAUUCAUUGUAAGGAGUUAAAACAAAGAGAAGUUAAAUAGAAGUUUAACAAACAGAUCUUAAUAAUCCAUAAGGAUGUAAAAAAUUUACUGCAAGAAUAUCUAUUCAACAUCAAUUUACGGUUCUUGCCUGUUUCUUUUCACUAACUUCAAGUGUACGACUCAUAUAUAUUGCUAAAACCUGAUAACUGAAUUUACUUCCUAUGGAUGAGGCUUAAAAACAGUCGCAUUCACAGGGUAAACAGCUGAUUUUGUGUAUACAUACAGAGCUACAAGAAUUUGAAUGAAACGCAAAACAUCAUUUAACAUGCAUGAUAAUGGUAGAAAAUAUGAACUGAAAUGAUCGUUUGUUUGGGGAAGGGGCUUAUCAGAGAAUCAUCUAAGUAAUGAAGACAAUAUAUUGCAAUUAUUCCUCACUAUAUUGCACCAUGUGAUAAAAAAGGGUAAAACGCACCUGGAAAAGGUUUAUGCUAUAUACUUUACAUUUUUUUUCUUGAAUAAAGAUGGCUCAGAA